AUGGCUCCGGUGUUGUCUCUAGUGAAGCACUCUCUCCGGAGCUUCAUGACGGCGACGACGGAUGCCCAGGCCACUCGACAUGAUGGCGACUUGGGGCCUCUGGAUGGCCCUCUCGGCGAGGCCAGCCGCAUCUUUGCCCGGGAAGAUAAGCAGACGCCUGACCCUUCGCACGGAGUGCUGGACCCGCACGACAUCAACAAUGUCGGAUUCUUCGUCCUCUUCGCCAUGAUUGGGGUGGGGUUCGUGGUGACGGGCAUCUGGUUCUUCUUCUGGGCCAAGAACGGCGGGAUCCAUUUCAAGGAAAACGACUGGGAGGAGUACAAGUCGACGGUGCUGAGGCGCAAAGGGCCCAACGGCACGGUGCUGUCGGGGGCCACGAAGACGACCAAGCUGGGGGGCGGCAGCGUGUACAAGGACGUGGCAGACGACGACGGCACGACGGUGGUGACGGAGAGCACGGGGCUGAGCGGCGUGACGGCCGGGGCCAGCGACAUCGCGGCCCGGGAGAAGCGCAGGGCCAAGCAGGAGGCGAGAGAGCGGGAGAGGCGCAAGAGGCGGGGCUCGAAGCGCGGCAGCAAGCGGCACGUGGGCGAGGGCGGCGUCACGGACGAGAUGGCCGAGAAGGCGGCGCUCGAGGAGCUGCGCAGCUACCGCCACGAGAAGUCUGCCCGCGUCGGCGGGCUGAACAAGGAGUCGGACGGGUCGCAGUGGGACGGGUCGACGAACCCUUCGGGCUCGGCCGUCUCGUCGGAGCCGGUCUCCAGUUCGGAUGGGCAGAGCAGGCCUACGCAGAAGCCGGCGCCGAUUCGCAAGGUGUACUCGACGGCGGACCGCAACGCGGCGCGGGAAUCAGAGCGGAUUCGGUCCGAGGCCCGGCGUCUGCGGGAGGAGAGCCGGGUUUCGCGGCGCGACUUUAGCUAUAACCGGCCUGGGGCUGCCGAGAGCAACGCCAGCGAGAGUCUCUUGGAGGGCAGCGACCUGGGCACCAAGACGCAUCACCAUCCUACGCCGGAGCCGAGGGCGCUGAGGGAGCAGCAGCGCGAGGAGAGGAGGACUCGACGGGGCGGAUACAGACGCGGACGGACAGAGGACCAUGAUUUGUAA